CCAGCACUCUACCUAUGCCUCACAAACACAACGCAUUCUUGCGUGCAAGAGAGCAAGAGUUCAGUUUGGUGUGAACACCAUGGCCGUGGUUGGGGGCCUGAUAGCAAGAGCCGUGGGGAACCAAGUCGCCAGCAAGCUGGGCGAGCUCGUCAAAGACGAGAUCGCUCUGCUGUGGGGAUUCUGCGACAACGUCGAGGGCCUGAGGGAGAAGAUGGAAGAUCUGGAUGCCCUCAUGCGUGAUGCGGAUGAUAGGCUGCGCAGAGGAGAAAGGGAUGGAGAAGCAGUUGGGCGGUGGCUGGCCAAGUACAAGUCUGUUGCCUACGACAUCGAGGACAUGCUGGACAACCUGGACGCUACUAUGCUCAUCGAAAAAACCCAAUCAAAGGUCAAGUUGUUCUUUUCUGGAAACAAUCAACUCCUCCAACGGUCAACCAUAGCCCACGGUAUGAAAACCGUGAGGGAGAAAAUAGACAAAAUCGAAAUGGAGGGCAAGGCACUUAAUCUCGUGCGUCAUCAGGCAACGGCCGAAGGGAGCAGAAACAAUGAAACUUUUGCAGCUUGCAGUACGGAAGGCAUGAAAACUGGAAUGGUGGGGAGGGAUAUUGAGAAGGAGAAAAUAAUCAGCCUAUUAUUGACAAGUGAAGCUAAUUCAGAUAUUUCUAUCAUUCCAAUUCUUGGGCUUGGUGGUGCAGGAAAGUCAACAUUGGCUGAAGCAGUUUUGGCAGAUAAGAGGGUCACUGUCUUUGAUGCCCAAAUAUGGGUUCACGUGUCUGAGCAGUUUGAUUUGCGAACAAUUGGGAGUAGAAUCAUCAGAAGGUUAAGUAGCACUAUCAACCUUGACAAAUGUGAUCUGCAGCUUAUUCAUGAUAAUCUGGAAAAGGUACUUUCUACCACAAGAUACUUGAUUGUUCUAGAUGAUCUCUGGGAAGAAGAUGGAGAUAACCUGGAAGAGUUGAAGCGGAUGUUGCAAUAUGGCUGCAAGGGUAGCAGGAUUAUAGUAACUACGCGAAGCCAAAGGGUAGUAAAAGCACUAAGUACUGGUUUUCUUGCAAAGGAACAUAAAAUCUGCCCUGUGGCUGAGUCUGACCAAAUCAGUUUGGAUGUUUUAUCACCUGGUGACUGCUGGGAAGUAAUGAAGCGAAGGGCACUUGGACCUGAUGAUGACCAAAGUGACUUGCAAGUUAUUGGAAGAGAAAUUGCAGCAAAGUGUGUGGGAUUACCGCUCGUGGCAAAUGCUCUUGCGCAAGUAAUGUUUGAGCGAAGGACUAUUGAGGCAUGGGAAAAUAUAAGAGACACCAAAGUUGGCUUGGGUUUGAGAGAAGAACAGCAAAACAAGACAUUAGAGUGUCUAAUGCUUAGUUAUAGCUACAUGAAGCUUGAGUUUAAAAUGUGUUUCACAUAUUUGGCAGUCUUCCCCAAGGGUUUUGUGAUGGACCAACGCCAUCUAAUCCAGCAAUGGACCGCUCUCGGAUACAUUCAGUCACAUGAUGAUGGUGAAAGGUGUAUCAACUAUCUUCUUGGGAUGUCAUUUCUUCAUAUUUCAAGGUCAUCCUCGGUUGGUCCAGGUCCAGUGCAUGCCAAAACUUCUCAGAAGCUCACCAUGCAUGAUUUGGUGCAUGAUCUUGCAACAGUAAUUACUUCCACAGAAUUCCUUGUUUUGGAUGCCAAUGCUACCAAACCAAGGGGCUCGAAUAGAGCUAGUUAUUGCCGGCAUGCACGAUUGAUCAACUACCAGAAUCAAACCAAAAUUUUCAAAGAUCUGCCAACCACAUCAAGAUCCCUCCAUUUUAGUUAUUCAGGCAAAUUGCAGCUUCCCCAAAUGGCAUUUUCUCGAUCCAAGUAUAUACGUGUGUUGGACUUAAGUGAACAUUCAGUUGGAAGGCAAUACACUUCAGGAAACUUAGACGUUAAUGGAAGUUCAGUUCAGGGGCAAUCCACUUCAAGCAACCUGGUACUGCCAUCGUCCAUUCAUAAAUCAAAGCUACUUAGGUACCUUGAUGCCACAGCCUUGCCAAUUAAAUCUCUUCCAAAGUCUUUCCACACACUAAGAUACAUGCAAACUUUAAUUCUAUCCAAAUGCUCACUUGAAACACUGGCUGACAAUAUCUGUUGCCUCGACAAGCUUUCCUAUUUGGACCUAUCUUGUAAUGUCAGCCUUACUGAGCUCCCUGACUCACUCGGGAAGCUCUCAAAGCUCUCUUUCCUCAACUUAUUGGGGUGUUCCAUGCUCCAAGAGUUGCCUGAGUCCAUAUACGAGCUGACUUGUUUACAACACCUAGACAUGUCCGAGUGUCAUGCCAUUAAAAAACUGCCUGAUAAAUUUGGUGCCCUUUUGAAACUCAUAUUCCUAAACUUGUCAGGUUGUUCCAAGAUAACCAAACUACCUGAUAAUCUUAAACUUCAGUCUUUAGAGCAUAUGAACCUAUCAAAUUGCCAUGAGCUACAAAACCUGCCAAAAGAUUUUGGCAAUCUUCAAAGGCUUGGGUUCUUGAGCCUUUCUGAGUGCUACAAGGUUUCAGUGCUGCCAAAAUCAUUUUGCCAGCUUGUUCAUUUGAAAUCCUUAGACCUUUCGGAUUGCCAUGAGCUCAUGAAGCUUCCCGAAUGUUUUGGUAACCUUUUUGAGCUUGAUUCUUUGAACCUAACAAGUUGUUGUAAGCUGCAAGUACUGCCUGAAUCAUUCUGCAAGUUGUCUAAGCUGAGGUGUCUCAAUUUGUCUUAUUGUAUGAGGCUUGAUAAGCUCCCAUCCUUGUUUGGUGGCCUUAAGCUUCAAUCAUUGGACAUCUCUUGUACCAUGUCUCUCCAUAAAUUGCCGGAUAGCAUUGCUGACAUGACAAGUCUCACUCGAUUUGAGGCCGUGGCAGGAAGUUCUACCAUGAUGGAUAGUGUUCAGAAAAUUAAAGAGCAUCUUAUUAUUUCAGGAAAAAUAAAUCAUAUUGUGCAACAGAUAGAAAAUAAAGGAUGCAGCAGUAUAGUGGAACUUGCAGAUUUGACUUGCUAUGAGUUGCGUGUUCAAAAGCUUCAGAAUGUCAAGCAUCCAGAAGACGCGGAGAGAGCAAAGUUGCGUGACAAGUCAGAUCUGAGAAAACUAAGACUUUGCUGGGGAUCCCAUGGAGGCAAGGAUAAAUCAGUGUUGGAGAAGCUGGUACCUCCCCGAACUCUAGAUUAUUUCCAUCUAAAGGGGUAUAUGAGCACGGAUUUCCCUAAAUGGAUGUCAGACAUCUCUUCCUACCUCCCUUCUCUCACCUACCUCCGCCUUUUUGAUUUAGGAAGAUGUGAUACUCUUCCUCCAUUUGGGCAGCUGCCAAAUUUAAGAGGCAUAUGUGUGAAAAACAUUCCCAACGUCAAGAAAAUAGGCAAGGAAUUCUUUGGACAGGGCAGAAAGUGUAUAAAAUUAAGAUCGAUAACAUUGAAGUCGAUGGAGAACUUGGCUGAAUUGUGGACAACAAGGUCAGGUGAUGAAAAUGAAGAGUUCUUAAUUCCAAAUUUGCACAAUUUGAAUGUUCAGAACUGCCCAAAAUUGAAGUUUCUACCAUAUCCACCAAGAAGUAUGAUUUGGUUCUUGGAAAACAUUGAUGAGAUUAUUCCAGAAGGAGGAUUUGGGAAGCUUUCAUCUUCUGCGCUUCCUUUUGAUAUGGUAAUAAAUAACUGCAAUUUUUCUCCAGACAAUUGGGAUAGACUUCAUCAUUUCCCCACCAUUGAAUCACUACAAGUUGAAUCCUGCAACGGCUUGAGGGCAUUGCCGGAGGUCAUUAGAUGCUUCACCUCUCUAAAAAGGCUAGUUUUGGUGUCAUUGAAGGAAUUGGAGUCACUACCGAAAUGGUUGGGGUGCCUCAUUUCCCUGCAACGCGUUCUCAUCAAGGAUUGUCCCAAGCUAACAUCUCUUCCUGAAAGCAUGAAGAACCUUACUGCUCUGAAAGAGCUAAGCCUGCAGGGGUGCAAAGGCUGGGAAAUAUUGCCGGAAUGGAUAAGGCUUCUCACUUCCCUACAAAUUUUUGAAAUCAUCAAUUGUCCCAACCUGACAUCUUUGCCAGAAAGCAUGAAGGGCCUUUCUUCUUUAACAAAGCUUUAUAUAAAGGAGUGCCAAGGACUAGCUGUGUUGCCAGAAUGCCUUGGCCAGCUCAUUACCCUGCAAAAACUUUCCAUCCAUCAUUGCCCCAACCUGACAUCUUUACCUCAAAGCGUACAAAACCUUACCGUCUUGAAGGAACUCUACAUUUGGGGCUGUCCAAUUCUGGUCGAGAGGUGCCAAGGGGAAGAUGCUGGCCUUAUUUCCCAGAUCCCGAAAGUCACAUUACAUCUAUGAACAAGAAGAACUUGAGCAUACAGAACCUUACUGCCUUGAAGGAACUCUAGAUUUGGGGAUGCCCAAAUCUUGUAGAGAAGCUCCAAGGAGAGGACGCCCUCAAGAUUUCUCACAUCCCAUCUCAGCAGUUAUAGUGAAUGGUGAGCGGUGAUCAACUUCUCAGCAAGCAGGAGAAGAGUAAGGUGGAAAGACUGCAAUUGAUGGCUGCAACGUGGAGAGCAAAAGGAAACUUGCAAAUUGUAAUGCUUUUGCAAUCAAGAUGAUUGGUUGUGGUUUUCCUGGUGUGAGUUAAGCCUGAUGGUCGUGCAUAUGAGGCGAUUAGAACUCUGUGUAUGUGAAGCUGGAGUCACAAGUUUUAUCUGAAAGAUUGUAUCACUCUUGUACACACUGCACUGUAUCAUCAUGUUCCUUCUAUCUGAUAGACUAUAUCACUCUCGCGGCGGAGUUCCUCUUGCCAAUACCAUGGGGUAGUUUGACAGGAUUCAGAGUCAUAGGCUUCUGCAGCAACUACCAAUAUAGGUCACCUGCAAGUAAUUUUCUGCUCCAGAGUCAGCAGCAAUUAUGGUGAUGCAGCAGCAGGCGUCUAGAUCCAGUUCACCUGUAAGUAAUUUUCUGCCCCAGAGGUUAUAAGGAGAAACGUGUAAUGCUUUUGUCAUCAUUAUUGGUUAUGAUUCAACAGUUGUUUUCCUGUUGUGAGUUAAGCCUGACGGUGGUGUAUAAGUGUAUUUCAGGCGAUUAGAACAGUCCGUGUAUGUGAAGCUGAAGUCCCAAUCAUUCUUUUUCUUUUAUCUGAAAGACUGCAUUACUCUUGUGGAGGAGAUCCUCUUGGCAGUGCAAUGGGAUAGUUUGAUAGGAUUCAGAGUCAGAGUUUUCUGUAGCAACUGCAACAUGGCAGCCAUAUACUGAAUGUUGACAGUGUGGCAUUGCCAGCGGGCAUCGAGAUGCACCUCCGUGAACUCCAGUUCAUCUAGCGGAGUGCAGGUCUGAUCCAGUGGCAACAACCACAGUGGAGGAGGCACAAACAAGCCCACGUACUUCUAAAAAUCCAGUCAUAUUUGCUAACUUCCACAUGUAAGCCUGCAGAAAUGUACUACUCCCUCUGUAACUUUUUAUAGGACGUUUUUAGAGUCCAUGACAGUGUCAAAAAAUGUCUUAUAUUAAGUUACAGAGGGAGUACGAUUUAAGAUUGAAGGUUUAAUAGGAAGUAAUUACUUGAACUGCGGCUGCAUUGCGAUGAAGUUUUAUUCAUUACUGGAGAGGGUAGGAUGUGGUUGAAGAGUGAAGCCGGUAAUAGCAGAGCAUGGAGAGGAAAGUUAAAUUUCUGCUAGCAGUAGCAUCUGCAAGUGGUGAUGUGGAAAAGAUGGUCUCAGCAUUCUCUGAAAAGUAGAAGUACCGAUUGAACUUGA